UGCUCAGGAGCAACUGGUGUGUCCUGUUGAACAUGCAUGCAUGCUGCAGAUCUGACGCACAGCAAGACACAAUGCAGGAAUCUGAGCCCAGCGUGUGUCAGCUGCAGCCCAACAUCAUCUCAGUGCGCCUCUUCAAAAGAAAGAUCGGUGGGCUGGGCUUUCUGGUCAAACAACGUGUGUGCAAGCCACCCGUCAUCAUCUCUGACCUCAUCCGGGGUGGGGAGGCGGAGGAAUGUGGGCUGGUCCAAGUCGGCGACAUCGUCCUGGCCGUGAACAACAAGCCUUUGGUGGACCUGAGCUACGAACGUGCGCUCGAGACCCUGAAGAACGUGUCGCCCGAGAGCCACGCCGUCCUCAUCCUCCGCGGACCCGAGGGCUUCACCACUCACCUGGAGACCACGCUGAGCAGUGACGGGAAACCCAAAACGGUUCGGGUCACCAGGCCCGUUAUCCCCGCUCAGAGCAGGCCGUGUGAACGAUGUUCGCCUCUCAGCCCCAACAUGACCAAAGAGCUCAGGGCCAUAGAGAACCUGUCCUCUUCCUCCACUCCCAGGAAAGACCCACGGGAGAGCAAACCCCUGAUUCCCCUGCUGGCCCAGGACUCUCUGCUCAGAGAAGGAGACCAUUCAGCCCUUCUCCUCAAUGGGGUGGAGGAGAACAACGACCUGAUGAAGGAGAUCGAGCCAGUGCUGAAGCUCAUCAAGAACAGCAAAAAAGAGAUCAACGGAGAAGGUCAGAGAGACGUAGAGAGGAAGGAUGUCGAAGUGCAGGUGGAGAGAGACCUUGGUGUGGGAAAUGGACAGAACGCCCAGCUGGCGUCGGAUAACGACAGAGUGUUUGAUGACCUCUGGAGAAAGGACAACAUGCCUACGGUGCUUAACAACCCUUACUCAGAGACUGACAAGCCACAGUCCCAUGGGAGAGUUUCCCCCACUAAGACUGUGCAGAAUGGGAGUCCCACCAAGUGUCCCAGAUUCAUGAAAGUGAAGAACUGGGAAACUGGAGCUUUAUACAAUGAUACUUUACAUCUCAGCUCCAGCGAGGUGCCGAUCUGCACUGAGCAAGUUUGUAUAGGCUCUGUUAUGGUGCCAAACCAGCACAGUCGCAAACCAGAUGAAGUCCGAAGAAAAGAGGAACUGCUACCACUUGCAACAGAUUUUAUUGACCAGUACUACACAUCAAUCAAAAGAUGCGGCUCAAAGGCCCAUGUUGACCGGCAAGAAGAGGUUAAAAAAGAGAUAGAAACUUCUGGAAUGUAUCAAUUGAAAGACAGAGAGCUGAUCUAUGGGGCCAAACAUGCAUGGAGAAAUGCAGCUCGCUGUGUGGGACGGAUCCAGUGGUCCAAACUACAGGUGUUCGAUGCUCGAGACUGCACAACCGCUCAUGGAAUGUUUAAUUACAUCUGCAACCACAUCAAAUACGCCACCAACAAAGGAAACCUCAGAUCGGCUAUUACCAUCUUCCCCCAGAGGACAGACGGGAAGCAUGACUUCCGGGUGUGGAACAGCCAGUUGAUCCGGUACGCAGGCUACAAGCAGCCUGAUGGAUCAAUUCUCGGAGAUCCGGCUUCGGUGGAGCUUACAGAGAUCUGUAUACAGCAAGGAUGGAAAGCUCCAAAAAGCCAUUUUGACGUUUUGCCCCUUCUUCUCCAAGCCAAUGGAAACGAUCCAGAGCUUUUUGAGAUUCCUGAUGAUCUUGUGCUUGAGGUUCCCAUCAUACAUCCAAAGUUCGAAUGGUUUAAGGAGCUGAAUCUAAAGUGGUAUGGCCUUCCUGCUGUGUCUAACAUGCUGUUAGAGAUCGGGGGACUGGAGUUCACAGCCUGCCCCUUCAGCGGCUGGUACAUGGGGACAGAGAUCGGCGUCAGAGACUUCUGCGACAGCUCUCGAUACAACAUACUUGAGGAAGUAGCUACAAUGAUGGGGCUGGACACUAGGAAGACUUCAUCCCUGUGGAAGGACCAGGCACUGGUGGAGAUCAACAUCGCAGUCCUUUAUAGUUUCCAGGUGUCAAAGGUUACCAUAGUAGACCAUCACUCAGCCACCGAGUCCUUCAUAAAGCACAUGGAGAAUGAGUACAGAGUGAGGGGAGGCUGCCCGGGUGACUGGGUUUGGAUAGUGCCGCCCAUGUCAGGCAGCAUUACACCUGUUUUCCACCAGGAAAUGCUCAACUAUCGCCUCACACCUUCUUUUGAGUACCAGCCUGACCCGUGGAACACUCACGUGUGGAAAGGGAUGAAUGGAACGCCCACAAAGAAAAGAGCAAUUGGAUUCAAGAAACUUGCCAAGGCUGUGAAAUUCUCCGCCAAACUCAUGGGACAAGCCAUGGCCAAGAGAGUCAAAGCCACCAUCUUGUUCGCCACAGAAACUGGGAAGUCGCAGGACUAUGCAAAAACGCUCUGUGAGAUUUUCAAGCAUGCAUUUGAUGCCAAGGUGAUGUCCAUGGAUGAAUAUGACACCGUCGAUUUGGAACACGAGACGCUUGUGUUAGUGGUGACAAGUACGUUCGGCAAUGGGGACCCUCCUGAGAACGGAGAAAAAUUUGGUGCGGCACUGAUGGAGAUGAGACAUCCCACCACCAGCGUAGAAGACCGAAAGUCGUACAAGGUGCGUUUUAACAGCGUCUCUUCAUAUUCUGAUACCCACAAAUCCUCCAGCGACGAACCUGAAUCCAAAGCCAACUUUGAGAGCACUGGACCACUUGCUAAUGUCAGAUUCUCUGUGUUUGGCCUUGGCUCUCGGGCAUACCCACACUUCUGUGCAUUUGCCCACGCAGUGGACACGCUGUUCGAAGAGCUUGGUGGGGAACGAAUCCUGCGCAUGGGAGAGGGAGAUGAACUCUGCGGCCAAGAGGAAUCCUUCAAAACAUGGGCCAAGAAGGUCUUCAAGGCUGCAUGUGACGUUUUCUGUGUCGGCGACGAUGUUAAUAUUGAGAAAGCGAACGAUUCCUUGAUUAGCAACGAUCGUAGCUGGAAGAAAAGCAAGUUCCGGAUGACAUACACGGCGGAGGCACCGACACUAACGCAAGCGCUUUACAGCAUCCAUAAGAAGAAAGUUUACGGGGCCAAAUUUCUGAUGAGACAGAACCUACAAAGUGCCAGAUCGAACCGAUUGACUAUAUUUGUGCGUCUUGAUGCCAACAACCACGAGAGCCUGAAAUACUUGCCUGGUGACCAUUUAGGCGUUUUCCCUGGCAACAACGAAGUUCUAGUUACGACUCUUAUUGAGAAACUGGAGGACGCACCGCCUGUCAAUCAGAUUGUGAAAGUGGAGUUCUUGGAAGAAAGAAACACAGCGUUGGGUGUGAUAAGUAACUGGACAGACGAGAGUCGUAUUCCGCCCUGUACCAUCUAUCAGGCUUUCAAAUACUUCCUGGACAUAACCACCCCUCCAAGUCCCCUGCUACUGCAACAGUUUGCUCCUCUAGCGACUAAUGAGAAACAGAGAAAGAGACUAGAGGUGCUCAGCAAGGGUUUGCAGGAGUAUGAGGAAUGGAAGUGGUACAAUAACCCUACCAUAGUGGAGGUGUUGGAGGAGUUCCCAUCCCUCCAGAUCCCCUCCACCCUUCUCUUGACCCAGCUGCCCCUCCUACAGCCACGAUACUACUCCAUCAGCUCCUCUCCAGACCUCCAUCCAGGAGAGAUACACCUCACUGUGGCGGUGGUGUCCUAUCGGCCCAGAGAUGGAGAAGGUCCUGUGCACCACGGAGUGUGUUCCUCUUGGCUCAAUAGCUUGGAAGGCGAUGCGGUGCCAUGCUUUGUCAGAGGGGCUCCAUCGUUCCGUAUGCCAAAAGACAGCCAGGUUCCGUGUAUUCUGAUUGGUCCAGGCACUGGAAUUGCUCCAUUCAGAAGCUUCUGGCAACAGAGACUGUAUGAUAUUGAAAACAAGGGAAUUAAGGCAUGCCCCAUUAUCUUGGUUUUCGGUUGUCGGCAGUCACAGAUUGACCACAUUUACAAGGAAGAGACCAUCCAGGCCAAGAACAAGGAAGUGUUUAAAGAGCUUUACACCGCAUACUCCAGAGAGCCUGGGAGACCAAAGAAAUACGUCCAGGAUGUGCUUCGCGAGCAGCUGUCUGAAACAGUGUACAAAUAUCUGCGAGAAGGAGGAGGACAUAUCUAUGUCUGUGGAGACGUCACCAUGGCCGGAGACGUACUGAAAACAGUCCAGCAGAUCUUUAAACUGCAUGGAAACAUGUCUCUGGAAGAUGCCGGCUUCUAUAUCAGCAAACUAAGGGAUGAGAAUCGAUACCAUGAGGACAUCUUCGGUGUAACCCUGCGCACUUACGAGGUCACCAACCGUCUAAGGUCGGAGUCUAUUGCAUACAUCGAAGAGAGCAAGAAAGACACGGAUGAGGUGUUUUGCUCAUAGUCACAUUUUCCGUCCAUAUAUCGCUGGUUUUUGCUCAUGCUCUAAUCAGCCAACCAGAAGCAUGAUGGGACACCAACCAUGAUUCACGAAAACUGUGCCAAGUUUGUCUGUUAAAAAAUUGUUCUUCUCUUUUUUUAUGGAAUAUUUCAUUUUCUUUGCUAGGUCUUGUUUGAUGUGCAUCUCUGUGAUCAAAAUCUGCAUUAAUACAAUUACAGUUCACUUGAAUUUCUGAAUGCACUUUUUUAUGUGUCUUUAUGCUUUGUCCUGACUAAUGGGCUGCGUGCACUUAGACAUGGCCUGCCUUUUUUUAAGUGUAAGCAAGAUCAGCGGCUUUCCUCAUGUGCAACAUGCAUAGAUAUUGACUUUACUAUCAAGAGAUGGGACGUUUUUGGUUUGGAUAGUGAGUCUCGAGGUUAUUGUGCACGUUUGAUUAAAGACCAAGUCUCUAUCCAUGCUAAAAAGAGAGGACAUGCUCGUAUCUACAGAAAGUGAAUCUGUUUAAAAGAACCAAACAUAGACCUUUUUAAGCAGAACAAUUCACGCUGGCCUUAAAAAGUGGGUUCAGAUCUCAUUUUGGUCCAUUUUGAUUAAUUUUGGUUUUGAAAGAGUCACAACCAACCAUUUUAUUAAUUAUAUCAUUAA